UUUCACAUUUAUAUAGAUAGCAAAGUCCCAUGAAAGGGUUUUCAGAUAUUUCUGAACUGUAAGACAUGUCUGGUGAAAGCGUUUACUUGUACGCAUAUGAUCUGGAACCCAAUAUUUGGCAACUAAGUGUUGUGGUCUUCAACAAGGAAUAUUCAUUUGGUGCUGGUGGUUUUAGUGAAGCUAGACCAGGUAUUUCAGGAUUUCCAGACAAACGCAUAUUUAUGGGUACAACUGAAAAAUACGUAUGGGACUUGUCCGAUUUUCUGCGUAGCAAUCGUUGGAACUGGAUGCAGAUGGACUACAACGUUUUAACCAAAAAUAGUGAGCAUUUUGCUCAGGCGCUUCUAGAUUAUCUUGAAAUUUACAAAAGAAUUCCUUCUUUUCUAAGAUCUUCUCGCAGUAUGGGAUACGUAUCUAAAGAUUCUGGAUUUUCCAGAUCUACUGAAAAUAGCGAUGAAAUCGAUUGGACAAAAGUUAUAGUUGGAUCGAUAGCAGCUGUUGCUACAGUAGCCCGUGCGGCAAUAGAAAUUUCCCAAGAAAUUUCCCAACGCAAAAAAGAGAUUAAAAACCAGUCAGUGGAGAUACCCACAACUUAUAAAUAUCCAUAUAAAAAAGAAAAGCCAACAAUUGAAGAAAUCUAUGACCCUCCUAAUAAUUCCGCGCAACUAGUUACUUAUAGAAAUAAACCUAUAUUCCCAUCAACCAAUCAAGACAAGCAUGAUGAACCAAUCGAAAAGAAUAAAAAAAAUCAAACAGACAAGGAUGUGGCUGAAAAAGAUAAAUGUAUAUCAAGCCCAGAUGAUAAAUAUUCAAAUCAUAUUUUGAUCGAUAGAAAACUUGUGGCUAUAAUAUUUAUUGUUGUUCCGAUUGUAAUGAGUUUUUUGGUUUCUUAUAUUUUAAAAACUCUUUUUAAUAUUUAUUUUUAAUUUAUUUACACACUAAAACAUAAUAUAUUAAAACUUUA